CAUUCUGGAGGGAACGGGAGAAGGGAAGGGAGACAGAGAGAUGCUCCUUUGUUCGCGCAUUUCAAUUCCAGAAGCACACUGCUUUUGCUUUUUGCUCUAAUUUCACAAUAAGCCCUAAUCUCCUCUUCAACCAAUCAACCAAGUUCCUGACUCUCUUUUGCUCUUUCCCUCUGGUUUUUCUUCUUCUUAUUUGGUGUCUCGUUUUCUCCAGUGCAAUUAGGGUUUAUGAGUUUUUGGUUCAGAGAAGUAGAAGGGAACUUUUUGUUUAUAGGAUUCAAAGGUUGAUGAGAGAAAAUUGGUGUUGUUAGGGCGUCUUUUACUUACAAUCAGUUUCUUCUUCACAAUUGUAGAAUCCUUUUGUAUUUAGGUAUUCUUCUGGUUUAUUGUGAUAGAAUCUGCUAUAAUUAGGGUUUCUUAGUCAAACUUUUGCUUCAAGAGUAGAGUACUCAAGGUGGCCUUGAAAUAUUGAUGCAAGUAAACCAGUUUUUAGGGCUUCAAUAUCUGAAUAUUCCAAUAAUUGGUUUCAGAAUCUAAGUAUCAUCUCGGCAUAAAAUUGGUUCUGCUCAAUUUAGCGUCAGUAUUUCUUUCAUUCGAGAGCGGAGUACAUAUUCAAAGGCUUUGGUGUUCUACUGCAACUCUGGACUCUGGUUAGAGAGGUUUUUCGGCGCAGAACCCAUGAUCUACUGAAACUUUUGUCCUGAGUCCGCUAAAAGAAGCAAACUAGUUUUAUUGGCAUUUGAUCAGGGAGCAUUUGGUCACAAAAUUUGGGUAGAGAGAGAGAGUGGUCGUGUUCUUUAGAUGGGUAAGGGGUUGAAGAAUGGUGUUUCCAAGUCAUCUUCUCAGAGGGUUUUCAAGGACAAGGCAAAAACUAAAGUGGAUGACCUUCAGGGCAUGUUCAAUGAUCUCCAGUGUGCGAGAAAGGAGAGUCGUCCAAAUGAUGUUGCUGUAUUGGAGGAGCAAGUUCAUCAGAUGCUUCGUGAAUGGAAGGCUGAACUGAACGAGGCCUCGCCCACUUCAUCAUUGCUGGCGGGCAGCUUGGGUUCCUCAGAACUGUCGUCAGAUAUGCGUCGGCUGUUGCAGCUGCAUGAAGAAGAUGAUGAUGCAACUAGUGCAUUAGCCCCUCCAGCUAGUCCAAAGCUCCAUUGUGAUGCUCAUAACAUUCAAGCUCAGGAUGCUGAGUUUCAUGAUGAUUUUUACACGAAUCAAGCCUCUCAACAGCAGGCUUUUCAUGAGAUCAAUGGCCGUGAAGGCAUUCACUCUGAGGAUUUGACCAACAAUCUCAACGAUGGGCUGGAAGGUAGUAUUCUACUAGAAGAUUAUCAGUUCAGUUUGUAUCAGGAUUUCACCAAUAACCUUUGCCUUGGUUUCGGCAUGACUAGUCGAGAGGGUGACAAUUUAUUGUGUAGUAUACCUAACCCACCAUUGGGUAUGUGCCCUCCUCCACCUUCUGCCUUCUUAGGGCCUAAAUGUGCCCUUUGGGAUUGCCCUAGGCCUGCUCAAGGGUCAGAAUGGUGUCGAGAUUAUUGUAGUGACCUUCAUGCAACAAUGGCACUGAAUGAGGGCCCCCCUGGCAUGACCCCCGUCCUUCGACCUGGAGGUAUUGAUCUGAAAGAUGGCCCACUCUUUUCUGCUCUCUGCGCGAGAACACAAGGUAAAGCAGUUGGAAUUCCAGAGUGUGAAGGGGCUGCGACUACAAAAUCCCCAUGGAAUGCUCCUGAGCUCUUUGAUCUUUCUGUCCUUGAAGGCGAAUCCAUCAGGGAGUGGCUUUUCUUUGAUAAGCCUCGGAGAGCCUUUGAGAGUGGAAACAGAAAGCAGCGGUCUCUCCCUGAUUAUUGCGGACGUGGUUGGCAUGAGUCACGGAAGCAAGUGAUGAAGGACUUUGGUGGGCUUAAGAGGUCCUAUUACAUGGAUCCUCAGCCAUUAACUCAGUUUGAAUGGCAUCUUUAUGAGUAUGAGAUAAAUAAUUGUGAUACUUAUGCCUUGUACCGAUUGGAACUCAAGCAGGUCGAUGGGAAGAAGAACGCAAAAGGGAAAAAUAUGGGUGAUUCACUUGUUGAUCUUCAACAGCAGAUGGGUAGGUUAACAUCAGAAUAUCCUGCUGAUAGCAAAAGGAACGUGAAGGGCAGGGCAAAGCUUGUUCAGAAGGUUAAGGCCAAAAAUGGCUAUUCCACUCCAAAUCAAACAAAUCCCAAUGACAACUUUGAUUAUGGAACCGGUCCACAGUAUGGAUAUUUUGUUGAUGAUCUGAAUGACUAUUAUGGAAUUUAGUGCAUGGUUAUGAUGGGGACGAGCACCAGGAAUCAUUACUAAGUAGUCCAUGUCGAGAUUAAUAACAUUUCCUAACUGGUUGGCAAUUUUUUGUUGUGUCCAGUUUUUGGGCUUCUACAGAACCUAGUCAAGGAUUGGAUUUUUAUGUUAUUUGGGUUUAUAUUCAUGGCUGUGGUUCUCUGUCACCUCUAUGUCAUGUGGAAGUUUCAGUUUCAAUUUUUUUUUAUGCUUCCUGGGUGCUGCUCUGUGGUGCAGAUCACUGGACUGGUGGUAGUGAACAUAUUCUCACUCUGUAUCAUAUACAUCAACUGAAGGUUGAUUCUACGUCCCUAAAGGACAUGCAUGAAAUCUGGUGCACAAAAUAAACAUAUCCACGUUAUAAACAUUGAAGAUGUAACUGUUGCCAUCAGCAUGGGCUUGCAUUGCAUAUCCCUUUUAUGGAUGCCACAACUGGGAAGUGGUUUGCAGGAUGAAUUUGCAUCUGAUUUGGUUGUAUGAUCUUUCAGCAAGCAUAAUAGGAGUUAUGCAUAAUAGCUCAUGCACUGAUACUCGUUUACAAACCUGGUGGUUGGAGUACGUUAUGGUGCUGUAUAUACAUGCCUCUAGCGCAUAUGUUAUGUUUGGAUGCCACCAUGAAGUUUUUUGUUUUGUUGCUGCAAAAUUCAGCAAACUGGUUUAUUCAUAUUUUCUUCUGCCUUCUUUUUUCAACCUCUUGCCUGCUUAUCUUAUUGUCCUCUCUUAUCAUUAAUGAGACUGCUGUUUUCUAUAUUUUUUGUUAGGAGCAGAAUUGAACUUGCAUUUAUGUAUUUAUUUAAUGAAUGACCAAAAUAUAUCAGGCCUUGAUGGCUAAUAAGUGUU